AUGUUUCUUCUUAUUCUUGUUCUACUUAUAUCGAUUCCACUUGUCUCUCCAUCUUAUCACAUUCCAAAACUUGGACGAUAUCACACAUUUCUUAGAAUCGGUAAACGAUAUUUCACUGAGCCUUGCAUCGACACAUCUUCGUGCACAUUGAAUCGACAAAGAAUUUCCACGAAAUGUGUUGUAUUUUUCAAUCGGCAUCUAUGUUGGCCAAAAUUAAGUGAAGAAAAAUUAAUGAAGGAAAAAGAUUCCAGGCAAAAUCUUCUCAAUAAUCGUAUACUUCGAGACAAUACUUAA